CGUCCAUCUUUAAUCUUUUGAUGUGUUGUGUUAUUUUAACAAAAUUGUAAUAAAAUUGUUAUUAUAACUUCUACAAAUAAUUUAAUACAAAAAUUGUAUUCAAAAGUUUAAUCUGACAGCUAUAUCAUAAAAUAAUAACUUGCAGAUGAAGUGUGCAAAUGGAUAGGUUGAGCCACUUGCGGGGAGAAGCGGGGGGCUCGCGGGACUCCACGCUCGACACCACGUCCCCGCCGAGCGAGGGCUUCAUGACCGCCAACGAGAGCUCCUCCAAGUACUUUUCUCUGUCAGAAGUUGACUCUGUUGACUCAACAUUCGACAUUUCUUCUAUAAAAGAUGUGUCGCUGGCAAGCACCACCACUGACUCCGAAGGGACCAUGACGAACACGGACGACCUGAUAUCCAAUCUAUCGCCUAUUGGUAAAAAGAGUGAUAUUCUAGAUAGCUACAAAAUAGGUAAACAGAUUGAAGCAGCAAACAUUUUGUCUGGAGGUGUUGACAUAUUUGAUGAUAAUGACAAUUCUUAUGAUGGCGAUGAGCUAGUGAUUGAUGACAAUGUUGAUGUUGAUGAUAAGUCUAAUUCUGAGCUGAAGGAUACGGAGGGAAUGGAGUUUAAGUCUGAGGAGAAUUUGUUAGAACCUACAUUGAUAAAUGAGGAGACGGACAUAGCUAGUAAAGAUACAGAAGUGGUGCUACAAAUUGAUGGUAAAAACGUAGAUGCUAUAGAUAUUGGUAAUGGACUGUACUUGUAUAGGAAGGAAGGACAGGAAGAGCUGGCCGCUGUUCAGAUUAUUGAUGAUGAUCAGCAGCAGACUAGCUUCAAAUUCCUGAAAGUGCGUGAAAACGCUGAAGGUAAUUUAGAAGUUUAUGAAGAAAUAGAGAUAGAAGUACCAAAAGAAGUGCCUGCAAAAGAAGGGAAGAUGGCAGAUAAGAAGAUAUCAUCACAUGUGCCUAUAAAUGAUAUCAAUAAAGUUAUAAGUGAGUCUGCCUGCAACAAAGUUGCUGAAAGAAAAAAUAAAAUACCAAGAAAAGAACCAAUUUUAACAACUACCGAAGUUGAACUUGAUGGUAAUAAAGAAACAUCACCUGAUGCAAAAUCUGAAGUAAAUAUAAAUGGGAAAAUGAUGAAAUUUAGUGAAUCGCGCAAAUCUCCAGUUAUAGGAAGUUUUACACCCAUGACAUACCAUUCAACUCCAAAUAAAGAAAGAAUACCACUAACUAAAACUAUGGUUGACCAACAACUUCACCCUAGUAGACAUUCUGAUAAUGUUAAGAAAACAAUAGAAGUACAUACUGAUAGUAGUAAACAAAGAACAUCGGAAACACCUACCAAAAACAAAGAAGAAGAUGACAGUAAAGUCACUGAGGUAGAAAAUAUUGAUACAGAUCUUGUCAUUGAUGAAUCAAUUGAAAAUGUUACUGUAGCUGAAGAAAUAAAUAAAAAAACCGUAGAUGUAAAGAAUACUGAAAAUAUUGAACCUAAACCAUCGGAGUCAAGUAAUAAAGAAGUUGCGAAUCAAAAGAGUAGUGCAGUUACUGACAAAUCUGAAGAAAAUUUAAUUGAAAAGACAGAGAAAGUUACUGACAAAUCUGAAGGAAAUAUAAUUCAAAAGCCAGAGAUAGUUACUGAGGAAUCUAUAGAAAAUGCAGUUGAAAAGCCAGAGAUAGUUACUGAAAAACCAAAAGCGAAUAUAAUUGAAAAACCAGAGAAAGUUACUGAAAAAUCUGUAGAAAAUAUAAUUGAAAACCCAGACAAAGUAACUGACAAAUCUGAUGAAAAUGUAGUUGAAAAGGUAGGAAAAGUUGAUGAUAAACCAGAGAAAGCUGCUAAUUCAACAGUAACAGAUUUAAAUAAGGAGAAAGAUAUAUUAAAGGGGGAUGUACCAAUGGAAGUUGAUGAAGUGAAGAAACAAGAUAAUAGUGAGAAUAUAGUAAAUGUAGAUGAAAUUAAGAUAUUAGAUACAGUUGAAAAUACUGUUGAUAAAGUUGAAGAAACGAUUGAAGAAGUUAUUGAAAGCGAUAGUGAUAAUCAAUUAAAGAUAGUUGAAGUUAUUGAAGUAAGUCAAGAAGAAGUUAAGAUUUCUGAGCCUAUUCAAAUAGUUAAUGAUGAUGUUAAAAUUGUUGAAAUAAGUGAUACAAAAGAUAAGGAUAUAAUAGCUAAGGACAAUACUCAUGGUGAUAGUCAAGAUGAGACCAAAGUUGAAGAAAUUAUAUACGAUAUAACAGACCAAGAAAACGAUGAAAUUGUUAUCAUCGACGAUAGUGAAAUAGAUGAAACAAAAGUUGAAGAAUCAACAUCAGUAAACGAAAAAAGUGAUAAACAAGCUGAAGAUGUUGUUAAUAAUGAAACUGAGAAAUUAGAAAUAGAUGUGACAGCUAAGAACGGGGCAGAAGAUAAACAACACAGGAAUGUUCAAGACAAUAAUAAGAAGGGUGCCGAGAAUAUUGAAGCUGAUUCCACAUCGGCAGUCACGGCUGAUAGUUCUACAGAAAAACUUGAAAAGGAUGAUACACCUACUGCGAGCGAAACCGUUAAAAAUAAUGUGUCAAAAAUACCUGUGGCUAAGCCAGAUACGACUAAAGAAUCGAAAAAAGGUGAAAUGAAACCAACUAGCAAUACAUCUUCGGUAAUGAAAGCUAUUACUAAACCUGCUGAUUCCAAACCUACAAACUCUGCUGAUCCCAAACCUACAAACUCUGAAAAGAAGGUUGAAUCAAUUGAAAAGCCUAGUACUUCAGUCAAAGAAGUAGAGAGAGUCAAAGAAGAUAUUGUACUAGAAAAGGAAAUUCCACAUUCGCAUAUACCCAUAAAAGAAUUACCAAAACUGACAGCAACAAGUUCACUCAAAAUUCACGAGCGACCUAUACUUGUUCCUGAAAUUAGACUUGUCAAGAGACCUAUUGUGACUUCUGCAGCUCCUAAAACAGACAAGGUAGAAAAUAAGAAAGAAAAUAAUGUUCUAGAAAAAUCCCCCAAAAAAGAAAGCAGGGAAUUGAAACAACCUAUCACAAUUGUUGAAUCUCAGCUUACUGUAGUACCAAUGGUAGUAGACAGUAGCACCAAUGUCAAAAUGGAAAUUGCUGGAAAAAGUAAUGUUACUGUUGCAAAGGUGUCUAGCAAGGAUGUGAAAGAACAAAAACAUAUCCCACAAAAGUCGGCACAACCCAUCCCCGAAUCAAAACCUUUAUCAGUCACUAAGAAGGAAGAAAAACAUGAAGUAAAGAUUAAGCCUAAAGAUACAACUGAACCAGCCAAGAGCUCCAAGGAUAUUAAAGUUAAUAGAGUGCCAAAAGACGAAGAUGUUCAACCCAGUUGCUCAGGCACACAAGACGUCAGUAGUACAUCAACGGACAAUGUUCCUUCGCAAAGCAGUGACAAUAAGAAUGAAACCGAAGAUAACAGGGACGAUUCAAACGGAGAAGAACCUAAACCAGGUGGAAGCAAGAAGGCUGUACCUUUCGGUAAAUGGACAGCUACUAACAGAAAAGAGUUUUUGGAUAAAAUUAAGAAUAGAAAUACAACCCCUGUCACACCAGCUGUUCCCUCUACAAGUACAAAUCAGCUGAAGAAUUCUAAUGAUCUUAAUAGAAGAGAUGUUUUGCAGAAAAUUGACAGUCAAAGACAGUCGAGCAGUGCAGCAGCCUUAGCAAAAACUCAGGAAGCAAAUAAAGUUGCUAAAAAUGAACCUGCAUUUAGCAAAGUCAGCCUAAAUCAAAAUAAAGAGACUAAUCAAGAAAGCAAAACUGUUAAAGUUGAGAAAGUUAAAGAAACAUCUGAAGCUAUGGCUGAAAAAGCCCCCGUUAAACAAGAAGUCACAAAUAACGAGCACGAUGAAACAUCUCAAGCUGCAAAUGUUGCUAAUGUGAAAAAAGAUCCCGCUCAACAACGCACGGAAGUGAAUUAUCAGGAUUUGAUUGAUAAAACGAUUGAAGACAUGAUACACAGAAAAGUUGCACCUCCCAAAGCUAUUCAAGAAGAACCAGACCAGAGUUCGGCCAAGGACCCUAAUGCCAAUCAAAAUGUCAAAUAUCCUUUGAAUUACGAGCCUACGGACCGAGCCACGCUCGAUGAGAUAGAAAUGAAAAUGAACGAAUUACAUGGUAUUCCGUUUAUCGAAAGACCUCCACAUGAAUUACCUGUUGUGCCUAUCGCCGAACCCAAACCUAAAGUAUUUACUAAAGCUGAAAAAGAGAAGCCGGUGGUCCCGAAUAAAACUACCAAAAUACCGAAUCUCCUACCAUUUUCAAAUAAAGUCCAGCAAAAGAUUGCAAAGGAUAGUGUGAUAGAAGUGGACUCUGAAGAAGAAAUAAUAGAGCAUGAGCCUAUAACGGGAGAUAUUAAUGUGAAUAAGAAAGUUGUAGCAGCUAAACUAUUACCUAAGGAUAAAGUCACGAUAUCUCGUGUAAGCACAGAUAAAGCCAAAGCCGAUGCUGCUAAAAAAGAAUCGAUUAUCACUGAAAAAGAUUUCGAUAAAUUCGCAAGACGAAAUUCCAUAACAUACGAGAAUCGUCUCACUGUGAACUUCGAUAAUAAGGAACCACACAAUGUUAUCAAAACAGUUGUAGAGAAAGAUCCUUAUCCUAAGAGUUACUCUAGAAAUGACAUCGCUCGUGCUGAUCCCAAGGCUAAGAUGCCAUAUAAAUAUCAAAAUGUGAGGCAAAGUAUUCAACCGCCAAAAGAACAUGCUACAAACAAAGUAGGUGCAGCUACCGAAGAUUCUUCUAACAGAAAUCAGUCUAAGUUACAAAAGGCAUAUCAAUCAGCUUUAUCUGCAAAGCGCCAAAAGGAAUGCCCCAUUACAAUAAUAGAAGAUAAACCAGUAAAAGUAGUAUUUAUGGACAAUAUGGAGUUUGUUCCAAAUCAAUUAAACAUUCAAGGUCAACAACUUUCCCCUGCCAAGAAAAUAGUCACGGAACCCGACGAUAUAACUGUUAGUACUCUUGAUUCUUUGGAAUCUGACGUGCUUGAUACAACUGAUGAUGCAAAGUCUCAGGAAGAAGUUAAAACCAAAACUAAGCAUCAGAGGAAACAAGUGUUGACUCCAGUUGAUGAACCAGAACUGGAACUGAUUGAACCAAGAGAUCUAGGACUUGAAGUGUCACCCAAAAAGAAAAGGAAAACUGAAGAAGAUAAAACGGAUAACAAAGUCAAAUACCCAAUGCGAAAGAAACAUUAUCUCCUCGGCUCCAAUGCUGCAGAUGAUAAAUUCCAAAACACAACAGAUGUUAUCAAAAAUCCUCUCAAAGAGACUAUAAACCGUAAUGAUAAUGGUGUUGUGCACAAAAAUGCUGUUUCAGCUAUUGACAAUUUAGUCAAAGCUGCUGAAUUACUUGAACACUCAGAAAACUUGAAUAUUAUUGACUCUCCAAAUCCGGAUAGUCAACAAAGUACUCCAGUUAAAAGGGGAAGAGGCCGUCCGCGAAAAUAUCCUCUACCUGAAGGAGCAGUUGAUAAAAAUAAAGUGCCAAGCCCCCAAAAGAAACCACGGUUAAUAGAUGCCGAAGUUCCCAAACGUGAUGUAGUGACAACGACGGACGAUGAUGAUAGUGAUGAUGAAAUUAUCAAAGAAAACUGGACGAUGGGGAAAAUUAAUGAAAAUAUCGUGUGUCCUAUUUGCAACAAAUUAUUUAGAACAGAAAACGUAGUGUUCAAACAUGUUAAACAUUGCACCGGUCCUUCGCCUAGUCGUUCUGGCUCGGACAAGAGAAGUCCUAGGAGAAUGAGACCAUCUCAAGAGUCAGAUUCCAAGUCGCAAGGUAGUCAAUCCGAUGAUAUGGAUAUUGAUGACGAUAAACCACUCGUUGUCAGAAAAGAAACUCCCAAGAAGCGAAAAUCCAAAGAUUCUGUGUCUAAACCUAAUGAUAUUGACGAUGUGAUCGUCAUUGAAGAUACGCCACCGGCUAAAGAAAAGCCUGAAAAGAAAGAUAAAGAAAUUGAUGAAAGAAAGGUUCACGAGUCCAGAAAACCUAGAGCCAAAAUCUUUCACAGCAGCAAUGAUUUGGUUUGUGAAUUCUGUGGCAAAACAUUUAGGCAACUAUCUUAUUUGGUCAGUCACAAAUUACAGCACAAGAAAGAUGAGCCAAAGAAAGUGGAAAAAGAAGCUCCGGUUGCAAACAAAUCUGUAUACAGCUGUGAAGUUUGCAAGAAAGAGUUUAGGAAGCUUCAUCAUUUAGUUCAGCAUCGGAUUAUUCAUAACCCAAGCUCUGCGCCUGCGAGAUCUCUAAGAAAAAGUUCCUCAGAACAGUCCGAUACUAAGAUUGAAAAGGAACCGGCUAAUGCUAAAGCCAGCGAAGAUGCCGGUGCAGGGUUCCGCUGUGAACCAUGUGAUAAAUCAUUCAGGAAACUGCACCAUUUAGUGGAGCACAGAGAAACACACGACGGAAUCAACAGACAGAAAAUCACGCCUGUGGUUGAGAAACAAAACCACGUGGAGAAGGAAAAACCCAUUACUUUGCACCAAUGCGAGGUUUGCAAAAAAUCGUUCAGAAAGCUACAUCACUUAAUUGAACACAAAGAGCAACAUGUUGAAACAAGUUCAGAAAAAUCUGAUGACAAGAGUGUCAAGAGCUCGCUGUCCACUAGAGAUAUAAUACACGAGUGUUCACUUUGUUACAUGGUGUUCCCGAAUGAACAUUCGCUGAACAAACACACGAUUAUCUGUCAAAGAAAGAAAAGGCAGUCAAAGCAGAGUAAACCAGCGGAAGAAUCUGAGGUAGUUGAAUCAGUUGAAGAGACAAGUGAGUCUCCUAAAAUUGAAGAAAAACUUGACGAUGUCGAUUCUCCAAAACCAGACAUUGAAGAGGUAAAAGAUGAAGACAGUGAACUGGUGAUAGUCGAAAAGGUGGAACAGCCUAAAGAAACACCCACGCCGGUUGAACAGAAGCCGGUCGAAGUUAUUCAAGAGAAAGAAAAAGAAAUAGAGACCGUUCCACAAAAAGUAGAAACAAAAUCCAGCGAGCCACCAGUGGUUCCUACAAAGAGAGAAUUUGAAGAAACAAAAGAUAUCAAAGUAGAAUCUGAAGAACCAGAAGUACCAGAAAAGAUUAAAAAGGUUGAAGUUAAGGAAACUAAAGUCCACGAAACGCCCAAAAAGAAAAUCCUUAAGGAAAAAUCGGCAGCCAGUGCUAGCAAGCGUUUGAAAACUACGGCGGCACCAGUGCACCAGGAAUCUAAACCAGCAGUAGAAUCGAGCGAUGACGACGAAGUCCGGUACAUGCUCAACCCGAACUUCAAAGUCGAAGACACGGCCGAAGAAAAGGUCUUCAUGAAAGUGAGAGCCAACAAGCGCAGCUCCUUACAAAUAGAACGGCCGAACUCCAAGGACCUAGUCAAGAGAAGGACGUCAUUACAGCACCCGCCCAAAAUACUGCGCCUCAAACCCAAAGUUGUGGAAGCCAACCCGGUUACCGUCAAACAUGUAGCCAAAGCGCCUAAGUUAGAACCAGUGCCUUCAACUGACUCUGACGAUAGCGAAACUGUAAAAUACUCGUUCCCAAAAACCAUUCCUGAAAAAUCAACGAAACCCGCACAAGAGCGCACACCUAAAGAUGUAGAAAAGAAAACUCAAAAGAAAUCGUUAGCUGAUAAGAGAAAGUCUUUGAGCGGCAUUGCCAAGAGGAAAUCUUUGGGCAAAGCUGUCACCGCCAGGCACAAACCGUCGCCCGUCAAGCAGAUCAAGAGAAGAACGUUAGAAGUGGAGCACCGCUGCGACUGCGGGCAGCUGUUCAGCAGCGCCGCCCUGCUGGCGCGGCACACCUCCCUCGCGCACACGCCGCCGCGCCUGCGCCGCCGCCGCGACCCGCCGCCCGACCCGCACCCGCCGCCCGACCCGCACCCGCCGCCCCACGACCACAAGCAGGCCUCGCGCAAGUCCAGCGCCAGGAGCGACAGCAGCACCUCCGCCAAACCGAACAAACCCGAACCAAAACCGACGAGAAAAUCUCUCGACAAAGACCCGAAACCGCCAGCCGACGCCAAGAAACCCAAACCUGAAAAGUCUGAGGCCAAAUCCAGCGUCAAACCGAGAAGAACGCCCGCACAUCGAGGUGUCCCUGUACCAGAGAAAAUGAGGAAAAUAAUGCAAAAAAAUAAAUAAAUGUUUUAAUUAUAGAGAUUGGUUCGCGUUACGAAGUUGGACUGAAGUAGUUCCCCUAGAAUUCGGGACGUCGUUAGUGAGGGGACGCUAGUACUGUUUAGAUAAUAUCACGCAUCACAAGGCUCACAAUCGUAACAAACGGACCAUUGUUAAAUAAAAAUAUUUUUACACGUUUGAUGGAACGAUACGUCAACAAACAAUAUUUUUAUCGUGAGUCGGUUAGUUAGGCGUUGAUCUUGUCUAUAUGUAAAUGAGAACUUAAAUAAUAAGUAUAUUUUGUCAAUUUGUUCUAGAGUUUAGAUAUUAUGUAUGUAUAAGAGUAAAUAUUUAUGUUUUUAUUAAGAUUAGGGAUAAUCAUUUUCGUUGGCAUUAUCGGUUAGCACGCUGUAACUUUCAGUUAAACUGUAAAUGUUUGCCAUUCUACUAUUCUUGAUUUCGAAAUGAUAAGCAGAAAUAUUGCGAGAAGGUGCAAACUUUUGUUGUAAAAUUAUAUUAGAUUAACAGAGUUCUUAAUGAAGUUAAUAAGUAAUGUUUGGUGGAUUCUAAAUGAGCUUAUUAUUGAAAAUGUUUUAUAUAUUGAUUUGGAAGGAAUUGUAAUAUACAUACAAAUGCUUAUAAUAAGAAUUAUUGCGCUUCCCGAUUGCGGAGUUUGGGUUAUUUAGUGCUUCGUAGUAUGUUUUCAUCAUUAUUGUAAGGGAUUAGAGGAAUUUGAUUGACCAGAUUUUUCUAACAUUAUUACUGAAUUUAUGUAACAGCACACCUUGAUUCGGAUAUUUUAACACUUCGAGAGUAGUUCCAAUACUUGCUGUUUUAUAUGAAGGUUGCCAGAACAUUCGUGCAUUCUUGGGAAUAUUUCGAAUAGUUUCUAUUUUGUAUCGUGAUUGCAGCCUUAUGGUGUACCACCAACUAUGAAAUGUAAAUUACUCGAAAAACCCACAGCACAUUACCAAGUUGUUGAAAUAUUAGCAAUUAUUCUAUUUUACCAUAUACAUUAAGCAUAAAUCAAUUCAAUCGUUGAUGUUAAUACAAACGUGGUGUAAUGUUGACGUGAUAGUUGCAAUAGUCAUCAAAUAUAUCAAAGUUGAAGUUAAUUGCUCGAUGUUAGCCCGUGUCGAAGAUUUAUCCAAAAUUCUGACCAAUGCGUCGUGUCUUGUUAGUCUAUGAGUAGUCAUACAAUGAUACUCCCCAAAUUUAUAGUGAACUAGGACCAAAAUAUAUCAAUUUCUCUCGUUUCUAAUGGUAAUAAUAUAUUAUGUUGUUUUUAAUUUUAAAUAAUGUUUAUUCCACUCUCGUGACUAACAGUGUAAAAUGUAAUUAAUUGCUAAAAUAUAAAAGAGUAGUCCGUAUUGUGAGAUUUAUGUUUUAGAAGCAUUUAACAUAAAAUUUUAUAUAUGUAGAUGAUAUCAUUAUUUUUAAUAUGAUGAUGCAAUUUUGAUUAAUGGGUUAUAAAUAAAUUGUCUAAAAUUUA